AUGGAAACAAGGAGCUUUGUGUACAAUGGGGAGUCGGUGGUGGUGGAGACAAUUUACGAUGGAGUUCGGGUGACAGCUGGUGAGGGUGAAGGAGAAUACUUGGUAGGUAAUGGAUUGUACCAAGUCCCGGAGAAAGUAGCGAGUAUUCGGAUUGAACACUUGGAAUUUAUUCGCGAUAAAGUAUGUCCGGGUGGGUACUGCUUGACAAAUGCCGCGGAAAUUUCGCAAGAGUUGGUGGUGUGCUCGCGGGAAGUUCCUGUGCGCGUGCCAUUUGUAGUAACAGAACGAAUGUGUGGGAAUUACUUGCAAGUCCAGGUGCGGGCUGAUAAAGGCUUGGGUUUGGGCCGUAAAGGCAGGAGUGUUGUGAGAGAGGAUGUGGUGGUUAGUAUUAAUGGGCAUCGCAUGAGUCGGGGUAAAAAGAGAUAUAUGCUGCGGAUAUCAGAACUUGAUCAUUUUAAUAGUAUCUUGUGGGUGUCGGUUAGUUAUGGACAGAUUCAGUAUACGAAAGAGGCCAAGAUAAAACUACCCCUGGAUUUCAUGUAUACAAUUGGGACUAAGCGACUAGGGGAUAAGCGCUUUGUGCGGCUGUGUUUGUUUAAAGCUACAAAUCUAAGCCAGUACGAGGUUGAGCUUUUGAAUCCUUUAGGGGAAAAGGCUGGGUAUGGGCGGACUGGAUCUCUUGGUGUACGCGCGCCUGAAAAGAAGUUCACAGUGCAAGAUCUUGAUUGUUGUACAGAGCUGUUUUUUGAAGUGAUUAAACUGCAAGACCGGGCUAGAUUCUGGUUUGCCGCUGAAAUCAAUGGAGUCAAAAUAGAGUUGCCACUGAAAUGGUAG